GUUGCGCAUAUCGGUUGGAUCCGUACAGUAAACUACGAAAAUGGCCGCUCUGGUCGGACGUGCAACCAAAGAAGCACUUUUAAAAGUGUCUGGCACUGCACAGAGUCAUAAUGUCAGACUUCUGUCAUAUAAAAGCAUGUCGGCUGGGAAGAAAGUUGCAUUGGCUGCAGCUGGAGCUGUAACGGCAGGUGGAGUGGGCUUCUUGGUGGCCUUGAACUCUUCAGUACAGGCAGCAGAUCUCGUCCUUCAUCCACCACAUUAUCCAUGGUCACAUAAAGGGUGGUUCAAAUCUUAUGAUCAUGACUCAAUACGGCGUGGAUAUGAGGUUUACAAGCAGGUAUGUGCUGCUUGUCACAGCAUGGAAUAUCUUCACUACAGAGAACUGGUUGGUGUUAUUUUCAAUGAAGAUGAAGCCAAGAUUGAGGCAGCAGAGAACAUGGUUGUAGAUGGACCGAAUGAUCAAGGUGAGAUGUUUGAGAGACCUGGAAAAUUAUCAGACAAGCUGCCGGCACCAUACGCCAAUCCUGAGGCAGCAAGAGCAGCUAACAACGGAGCACUGCCACCAGAUCUUACAUACAUAGUAAGAGCUCGACAUGGUGGAGAGGACUAUCUAUUUGCCCUUCUGACAGGAUACAAAGAUGCCCCUGCUGGGGUCGUUCUUGGAGAGGGUCAGCAUUAUAACCCAUACUUUCUGGGUGGGGCUAUCAGCAUGGCUCAGGCACUUUAUAAUGAAAUCAUUGAAUAUCAGGACGGAACCCCUGCUACUCAGAGUCAGUUAGCCAAGGAUGUAACAACCUUCCUUGCUUGGACUUCAGAGCCUGAACAUGAUGACAGGAAAAAAUACAGUAUAAAGGCUAUACUUCUGAUAGGACUGUUUCUAGGAUCGUCAUAUUAUUACAAGAGACAUAAGUGGUCAUACCUCAAAACUAGGAAGGUUGCGCUGAAGAAGUAACCAGCUUCACCGAGUGAAUAAUUUGUUGCACAGACUGUUGGAAUAUUUAUAUUUCUUGAUUUUUAACAAAGACAUUAGCAUAUUCUAGUUGAGAAAGGACGAAGAGCUUUGAAUUAGAUGGUUGCGCAAUAAUGUAGUCACUCACCAGGGCUUUUCAAGUGUUUAACCAUCCCCACGAAGCAGCUGAAGUUACCAUAAAAUCUUAUUUGGAUACUUGUUAAAAAGAAGCAUUUAGGAAGUGUUCUAGGCUCUAGCAAAGGCUCUUGAAUGUACAAUUUGUUUUCUUCAUGAAACUUGAAUAUACAAUAUAAUAUUGUAAUUGCUGUUUAGAAUCUUAUGUGAUAAUAAAAUGAUAAAUGUA